CAUCUACUAGUCAUUACUACAAUUGCUCCGUCACUGCCUCUACUACGACUAUCUACAGAUCUCUAGCCAUUUGACAUCCUCUCGAGAUCUCGUCCUCCCCCCUGUCACGGGCCUCCAAUUGAUUUAUCUCAAAUCUCAUCCCUGUCACUCCACACCGCACUCUCCUUUCUAAUGCCAUACUUUCAACGUCCCACAGUCUGGCUAUAACCUCCGGUCGGACUCCUCCGCCCCUCAUUCAUCUUAAUGUCUCUACCCCACACUCCCUACUCGUAUUCGGCUUCAUCUCCCACUCAUGGAGAUUCAUACGUUAGUUUGCGCUCCGGGGAAACCUCUCCCCCCCGCACAACCCCAGCUUUCCGCAUCCGCUGCGCCUGAGAAGAGAAAGCGGGUCCGUCGAUGGCAUCACCGAGGAUUUACAGGCUGUUCGACAUGUCGUCGACGCCAUGUUCGCUGCGACGAAGCCUCGCCCUCAUGCAAGAACUGUACGCGGCUGGGCCUGGAAUGUGAUGGGACUCAGGGUCGCAUGACCUUCAAGGUGUAUGGACCACCACAAGCGGAUUCGUCUUCCGCCACCGCCAAGAAAUGCGAGAAAAAGAUCAAGACCGAGGGCAACAAACAAGUGAAGCAGGAGCCAUUAGGGGACGAGAACGAGCCCAUAGAAGCGCUAGUUGUGUCUCCUACGACAGUAUCCGACGCGAAGCCCAUCAAAUACCGUUUUCAGGAGCCCAUUUCUCCUGCCGAGUUUUUGUCGUCGUCCCUGGACUGCGUGGAAGGCCGGUAUUACACUCAUUUCGUCGACCAAGUCUCCACCUUACUUCUCAUCUAUGACAAUUCGAACAAUAUCAACCCUUACCGAAGAUUCUUUCCCGAGCUUGCUCGAUCAUCGCCAUCAAUGGCUAGCGCUAUGCAAGCUAUGGGUGCACUACACCUUGCCAACACAUCUAAAGGACAGCAACGAAACAAGCAUUUUCAGCAAGCUAUGAGCAAUUAUGGCGAGGUUGUAAAGUCUUUCAGGACCCGGUAUACAGACCCUGACCAGAGCGUGCGGUUAACCGAUUUUGCCACCUGUCUGUUGCUGUCUCUGUUUGAGAUGAUGGAUUCUCAACACCACAAUUGGGCUAUUCAUCUUAAAGGGGCUCGCGAAAUUUACCGAAUCCUAUUCUCCCCUAAUAGCGAUCCCGCCAAAGAAGCCAAACGCCUCGCUGAAAUCAAUCACCCGCUUCGACCCUUCCUCGUCUCUCUCCUUUCCUAUCUAGAUGUUGCGGGUGCCUGUGCCACCAGCGAGGGAACGGUGGUGGAAGGCAGUUACUGGAGAACACACGGGGGUGGCUGGGAAUACAACCUGGGUACACCCAGCCUCUCAACCGAGCAACCUGCCUACAGUCAUUUUCUGGUGGAAUUGCGCCAAUGCUGGUCUUUCAUGAUGGAGAUCCAAGCGUCUAUCAGUGCGUUCGGAAAGGCGAAACACGAGGGCCUGAUGUCGCUUGAACAACAAGAUCUAGUCUACCAUGAGCUGUUGCAGCGGCUGGUUCAGUGGCGUCUGAAUGCACCACAGACACUCCAGACACUAGGCGGCCUGGAUGACGAGAGCUUGCGGCAGUACCCGUACCCAGAUGUCCUUGAGUAUGCUGGAUGUAUUGAGGCUUACGAGAAGGCGACCAACAUCUUCCUGCACCGCGUCGGGGCGGCAGCCCGUCCUGAUGUACAACCUCAAAGAGUUUUGUUGGAUAUGCUUUCUUCGCGGAUCCUAGCGUUGAUCGGAAAGCUCGCAAAAGACGUGGGUCAGUUGGCGGUGCUGUGGCCCCUGUUUACGGCAGGCCGAGAGACACGAGAUGAGAGCGAGCAGAAAUAUGUGCGGCAGACGAUGACGGAUCUCCAACGGUUCGGGUUUAAGAAUGUUGACAAGGCCCUCGAGGAAUUGGAACAAGCAUGGUUCAAACAGCGUACUUUUCCAGAAGGUUGGAUUGAUACCAUGGACGAUAUUCGUUCCUCAAUUUUGCUCCCCUGAUGGGGUAUGGGAAAGCUACUGCAAUGCACCCUUAUCAUGGCCAAUCUUCGACCCCAAUCGGCGUUUGAAAGUCACCCCGGGCCGUUGUUACACGCUUCCCGACGAAUUAUGUUGGGCAUAAGUUAUAUGGAUUGGUGAAGAACUGGAGUUUAAGUCUCGGUGUAAUACAGGCGUUAUAAUGGGAAGCUAAGGCGUACGGCUGGGCUGGACCCUUAGAUUCUGGAUUUUGGAAUGCGAGGUAAUAUUGCGAACGAUGACACGUGUGCUGAUAAGGAUGGUGGAUUUUGGUUCUUUCAUAUCUAUGGUGGAGUUGGGACAUCAAUGUACAGAUACAGAAAGGACAUAUCGGACUUGACUAAAAACCAUAUAUAGAGGUACGGAGUAGACAAUUCGUUGAUACUUUCUGCUUGGAACCCUCCGGGGUAUGCUGCUCGAAAAUAGAAUUCUAUGAGUGGGAA